CGGGCUGUGUGAUUGGAAUAACAGUUGCGCACAUAUCAAACACGAUAUCGUACCUUCCAAGCCUACAAUUCGAGAUUCGGCAGGUACCUACCGUAAUUGUACUGGUAGACAAUCUUACCUUAGUCACGAUACUCAUACAUGUACCUAGGCAAUGGGCAUUUUCUCGCUUUUACCUGCUUAUAUGUACCUCAUAAUACAAAUAGCAUAGUAUCUGACGGUUUGCUCUUUCAUUGAUUCUUGUUCAUUUCCACUAUGUUAAGGAGAAGUCUAAAAUUAGCGCCCAAGCAGUCGAUAACACUGACGUCUUGCUUUCACCAGUUCACCAGCACCUUGCCUGCAUUUAAUAAAGCUGUGAGUUAUUGAAUAUACCCAUUAAACGGUAAAGGGUCUUCACUUCUAUGCCAUUUAUCGCCGCCAAAUGCUUACAUUUUUUGCUAGGUACCUGAGUAGUAAAUUUGCAUUUGUUGUCAACUUCCACCUCGUCUUUCAUACUCCGUUGAUGACCUAGUCGCAAUGAGUGAGGAGCCAAGGACCCUAAAGUCUGUGUUCCAGGCUGCCGAACGAAAGCGGAUAGCUUUAGAAGGCACUUAUGAGGCAAACUCGCCCACCUAUGGCCAGGAUCUUGCUGAAGCCUUGAAAUUAUACCAGGAAUGCAUUCAGAUUAUUAACAAGGUCUCACUAUUUAGUCCUAAUGAAGGGCUUGAGGAUAUUGCUACAUCUGACCUCCCUUACCUAUUGGUCAACUAUCGCAUAGCCGAACUUCUUCAGAAGGUCUCAACACAGUCACCCUCGGAAAGAAAAGCUGCCUUGAACGCGACCCGGGAAGCAUAUGAGAGGUUUCUACACCUUCUUGACAGCUAUUCGAUAUUAUCCCCAUCAGACAGUAAGCUGUUCACCGAAUAUAAUGAAGAUCCAUCAGCCUUCUCUACCAUAUCUACCUCAGAUCCAGCAGCUCGGCGCAAUGCCAAGAUUGCCAAUUUCAAAGCAGAGAAGGAGUUGAAGAAGAAGCUAGAGUAUAUGCGAAACUCUCCACGAUAUCUAGAGGAUGGUGGAGAUGAAGAAGCUGUUCGGGAACUGUAUCUCACGAACGUCGCUUUCUAUACGCACAUGGCAUUUCAGGGCUUGGAGGGAAUCAAUCGAGAGGCGGAAAUAUUAGCGCAAGCACCAGCUCCUCCAAUGUCGCAAGCAGCAACAGUUGAAGAUGACGAGCGGCGGCGUGGAGUAUCGCAUGAUAACGAUGGUUAUUCGGACAGAUUAGACCUCCCUUUGAGCACUCUCCUAUCCUCGAGUAAUGGCCCACUUCUCAGUAGAGAGGGAAAGCCUUUAAGGCCAUUCACGCUCACGUCUAAUCGGGCAGAGCUUCAGAGGGGCGUGUUUCGUCCGGGCCACAAUCUUCCAACCAUGACUAUUGAUGAGUACCUAGAAGAGGAACGAAGGCAAGGGAAUAUCAUUGAAGGUGGUGGAGAAGCUAGCUUUAAUAGGCCUGAACCAGAUGAGGAUAAUAUCGAGAAGGCAGAUGCUGAGACUAUGAAGGCUAGGGAAUGGGAUGAAUUCACAGAGGCCAAUCCUAAAGGGAGCGGCAACACCUUGAAUAGGGGCUAGGUAGAUAUUAACGACGAAGUGAGGGUAUAGCAGUGAAAUAUACACAACCCUGCACUCAAACCUUCUAAGUUACCUAGAUAUUAUCGUUAGAGCUAUCACGGUGAAUCAGAAUUUUUGUCAAAAGC